UUUUAAAUCAUGGGUCAAACACAGAGUGAGGGAGAAACGGAAGUGACUCUUCAAAACAUCCAAGAACUUUACCGUAAGUUUGCGAGUGAAUGUCCAAGUGGAAAUCUGCACCUGCACGAAUUCAAGAGGAUCUUUGGAAUCAACAGCAGCUCCACAGAGGAAGAAGUGGCCUACAUGGAAAACGUUUUCCGAUCCUUUGAUACCAACAGGGAUGGUCACAUAGACUUCAUGGAAUACGUCGCAGCGCUGCAUCUGGUGCUUCGUGGGAAACUCGAGGACAAACUGAGAUGGUCUUUUAAGGUUUACGACAGAGAUGGAAAUGGCUGUCUGGACAAACAGGAAGUGAAACACAUUGUUACAAUCAUCUCCAAAUUAAAGAGGCAAAGCAAUCCAGGUGACACGGUGAACAUCGAAGAAAUUUGUGAGAGAAUAUUUGAACUGGUGGACAAGAAUCAUGACAGUCGCAUUUCUUUGGAGGAGUUUAUCGAAGGGGCUGAGAAGGACCCCUGGGUGAUGGAGCAGCUCAAACUGGACAUCGGGCCCUGUGGGUGGUUCAUGGAACAGCAGGAGAAGAAACCCUGA